GCAUUUGCUUUUCUGUUUGUUUUUUGUGUUACUCUGCAUAUUGAGCUAACUGGAAGAAAGAUGCUGGGAACAGAUUUCUUUAUAUUUCUGCUAGUAAUGAUACUAGCUAUUGUCCUGCUGUUCAUGAUGGUCUGGCAUCUGAUCAUGUUGGAUGAGCUCAAGAAUGAUUAUCGGAACCCAGUUGACUUCUGUACUAACCUCAACCGCCUGGUGCUUCCUGAGUAUGGUAUCCACAUCCUCAUCACAGUGCUCCUCCUGGGGUGUGGCUUUUGGUUCACUUUCAUAUUCAACAUCCCACUCCUCGCCUAUCACAUAUGGAGAUACCUUCGUCGGCCGAGUGGGAUGUCCGGUGUGGGGCUGUACGAUCCCACCGAGGUCAUGAACAGGGCACAGCUGUCACUAUACACACGAGAGGGCUUUGUCAAGAUCGGCUUCUAUGUAGUAUCAUUCCUGGUCUAUUUAUACAAUAUGAUGGUUGCUCUGGUAACAGCUCUCACUUAAUGGAUCACGGAAGUAUAUCAUGAACUUUAAUUUUUUCAAAGAGGAUUUAGGGUGAAUAGUAAUUAUGGCUGUUAAAAAUUGAGUGACGUUAACUGUUUGUACUAAUCUACCCACAUUAUUACUUACAAAAAUGCUUGUGUCACUAUUAUUAUUAUAUUAAACUGAAAA